CGUUAAUUCUCUUGACGGAAUACUUAGCUAAUUUCUUGCGGAAGAGAUCACGCUGCAUGUACUUUUACAAGUAUCGUGGAUCGAUCUAAUGGUUGAUCCAAAUCUAAUCGCUAAACGUACGCUGACUGAACCGACAUCAGCUGGAGCCACACAGUAGUAGUACCUAUGGGUAAAGUGGAGAGAAUAUAAUAUGUGGAUUCAAACGAUUAAUGAUGACGUUCUGAAGAGGUCUUCCUUUCGGCCAUAUUCCACUUUCUAUAUAGAUGGGAGGAAAGGUCAAGUGUAUCCCUUCUUCUCUCUUCUAUUAUCUUCUCAAACCCUAAAAAAAUCCAUCUCUCCAAGGUAAAAUAAACCUAGCAAAAGGCAGAACAGAACUUCAUUUGAUCGUACUUCAGCCCUUAGAUCAUCACUUUGGUUAACUUUUCUUCGUCAAGUAGAUCGAAGCACGGAGGAGAGGAAGAGGAACACGGAGAUCUCUGAUCGUCGUUUAUGUGCCGGGCGGGCGAGAAUAAUUUUGUAACCCUACUAGCUAGCUAGCUAGCCAUGGAUUCCGUCAGCAGCAGCAGCGAUGAGGAGUGUGACUCUCGUGUCGGUCCCGUCUCCGAAACUGAAGCGCCGCAGCUGCCUCCGUACUGCUUCCUGCAGCCAAACUCAUCCCAGCCCUUGUUCGAUGACCCCAUCUCCAAGUUUCUGCUCCAACCGAAUCCCAUACUGCAAUCUCACCUACCGAUCCUUUCGGAAUCUAACGCACUUUUUACUGCCAACUCGGUUUCCUUGUCAAACCAGAACCUGGCAUCUUCUGAUCCGGAUGGUUUGGAUGCACUGAUGAACUCACAGUCGGGCCGGCCUUUACUUUUCACCGAGCCAUCACUGAACAGGGGUGCCAGCCUUUACCGGCACCCAGCACCUUUAGGUAUGGAAAAUGCCAGUCUGCAAGGUUCGGUGGAUUCAAUUCCGGCCGUGCAACCCAUCAAGAGCAACAAAGCCGCUGGACGCAACCGGAAGAAGAGAACAAGAGCUUCCCGGCGGGCACCUACCACGGUCAUGACCACUGAUACAACCAAUUUCCGAGCCAUGGUUCAAGAGUUCACGGGGAUCCCAGCCACGUCCUUGGUUUCCUCACAUCUUCAUCGAGCCGGGAUCGGCUUACUUGGCCCCAGUAAACUGGGGUUUGGCAGUAAACUGGAGCCACAACAUCCUUAUAGUCGCCUAUUCAGACCAUUCUCCCCCAAGACAAAGUCAGCAGCAGCAUUUGGCGACCACCAUUCUCUUUGCCCGCCUUUCACGCUACCUUCUGAUUUAGGCCUCUUGAAUUUUCAAUCCUUUGCUCAAGUUCAAGCUCCAACUCAUCAUAAUGGGUCUGACAAGUACCCCAUCUUAGCAAGAGCAAGUGCGGGUGGUGAGGGUACUAAUGAGCCGGUGAACCACUCGUCUCAGACGGUGGAUUUUCCUAAAGAUCAAGUGGUACAGAACGAUGUUAACACGAGGACAUGAUGCCAGUAUAAAUAGGCUCAAACGACAGGUUUCCACAUCAUCAGAUUAGGAACUCAUAAACCAAAUAUAUGGCGGGAUUAACAGCAGUUGCUGAUCAGUUAUACUUGAUCUUAUGAUCGAGAACUUUGGAGGAUCUCAUAUCUUGUAACUUCUUAGGCUAAUUGACUAGCUAGUUUAUAUGAUUUUAGUAUGAAUAAUAACUCUCAUAUAUAUGUGUAAUUAAUCGAAACGCGUUUUGCUUUAGCUUCAUUAGACAUUUGACACACGCAUAUGUAUCGCAUAUUCAUGUAUCUCUGUUGUCAUCUCAAAUAUAGUUCCGCAUUAAACUUCUUUUAUAGCAGGCAUCGUGUUUGCUUGUAAUGCAGCUACAAAUAGUGUA